GGAUAUUCCCCGCUGCACUGGGCCGCCCGCAGGCAAGACAAGGCCAGCCUCGAGAUCCUCCUCGAGGCCGGCGCCCGCGUCGACACGAGGAACCUCAAUGGCCGCACCGCGCUGCACUUCUCCGCCCAGCGCGGCCAUCUCGACGUGGUGAAGCGGCUCCUGGCUGCCGGCAGCGACGUCGGCGCGUCCGAUGUCAACGGGAGGACUCCUCUGCACCUGGCCGUG